AAAUCACUUAUGUCGUAAUAUAUUUUGUGGAAUUCCAUAUUUAUAUUAUGGACUGAACUUACUCUUCAUCUACCUUAUUCAUGCUUUAACAAAAAGGUAGUAAGUAGAUAUCUCUAGUAAUAAAUAUGGCAAAAUACAUAGCACAAAUUAUAGUUCUCGGUGCUCAAGUUGUAGGUCGGGCUUUUGCGAGAGCAUUGAAACAAGAAAUUGCUGCUUCCCAAGAAGCAGCGAAGAGAGCUGGUGGCGGGGAAGCUGGCGCCCGAAGAGCGGCAGCCAAUCUGUCAACAGGACUUACGUUAGAAGAAGCUAUGCAAAUAUUGAACAUAGAUAAAUUAGAUCCAGAAAAAGUGAAAAAGAACUAUGAACAUUUAUUUUCGGCGAACGACAAAGCGAAAGGGGGUUCUUUCUACUUACAAUCCAAGAUUGUGAGAGCUAAGGAGAGGAUAGAUACAGAACUGAAACAGAAGCAACCAGACCCGGAUCAGAGUAAAGCCAAAGACACCUCUUAAUGACUUUAGUGUAAUAACUUUGAAUAGAGUAGUUUAGAACAAAUGUUGUUUUGUAAAAUAUUUUAUUGCAUAUAAAUGGAUACCACAAUAGUGACUAGAAUACAUCAGUCUUCAUUACAAUGCUGAUUAUGUUGUAAGUUAUACAAAAUUUAUGUUCACUCGCAUAAUGCUACUCGCAAACCACUAUAGCAUUAUAGUAAUCAAUAAAUUUUCCUAAGCAUA